AUGUCCCAACCAAUCCUCCAGCUGCCCAAGUCCCGCUGUCUGAUCAGACAGUUCGACGACUCCCCCGCAGAGGAGGAAGCACUCUCCGCAGUGGCAAACAACCCCCGCGUCACUAAUUACAUGACCAACGCGUUCCCAAGCCCAUAUACAGUCCCCGAAGCCAAGAAAUGGAUCGAAUUCACCAAGUCCCAGUCGCCCGUCCGCGACUUCGCCAUCUGCGACGCGGAAACUAACUCCGUGAUCGGCACCAUCGGGCUCAAGCCCAAGACUGACAUCCACCACCGCACCAUGGAAAUCGGGUACUGGGUUGGCGAGACGAGUUGGGGGAGGGGCAUUGCGACAGAGGCAGUGAAGCUCUUUUCGGCGUGGGCGUUUGCCAACUUUGAGCAUCUGAUUCGGUUGGAGGCGGAGGUUAUUGAGGGGAAUGAUGGGAGCAAGAAGGUUCUGGAGAGGGCUGGGUAUGUCUUUGAGGGCAGGAGGAGGUUGGCUGUUGAGAAGAACGGGGUUCUCUUGGAUACGUAUAAUUAUUCCCUGCUGAGGGAAGAGGGAGAGACGCAUGAGGGCUCGAAGACGGCCUGGCCAUGA